AUCAAUGAUAAUGUACUUUUAUUCAUUCUUACAAUUAACAUUGGUUGACAAUUUUUUUACUUUUAAAAAGUAAGAUCAAUUAUUUAUUUUAUUAUAAUUAUAAUUUUUUAAUGAGUUGUGUUAUGCUUUCCUUAGGUAAACGUUUGUUAUUUAUAUAAUAUGUUAAUGUUUCAUUUAAACUUGUCUGUGUGUUAUUUCUGAUUGGUCAGGAUAUGUUUUAGAAAAUUGUAUUACAAUUUUUGUAUUUGUUGAGUAUUAUUUAUUUUUUAUGCUUAUGUAUUGUACCAUUGUAUAUUACAUCAGAGAUACUUGGGAUUUUUCUAGUCUAUUACAACACAAUUAUUAAAAAGUGUAUUGUACAGUGUAUUGUAAAAUUCAUGAUGGCAAUGAUUAAUUUAUUUGUUUUUAACUUAUUUUUGAUUGUGUCAAAUGUGUUAAAACAGGGAAAUAAAAAUAGGAAUGCAGUUCUGAAUUAACUGACUUUUUUAAACUUUUUUUACUGUCUAUGUAAAGUUGAAAUACUAUUCAUUAUAUCCUUGUAAUUAGUAACACAUUCUGUGUAUUAUUUUGAUUAUUGUGUGGGAUUUGUAACUAAGUUAAGGAUUAAAAUUAAAAGACUGUUCAAUAUAAAUGUAUAAUUAUUUCUUAUGGUAUCGAGGUGUGGUUAUAUUUUUUAUUAAGUUGCCAUUUAAAACUUUUUUGUUGCUUUGUUAAAAACUAUCAUUAUAUAACUGUGUCAUUGAAAACAGUAAUUGAUUAUUUACAAUUAGUCAUAAUUUACUUAGCAUUAGAACCUAACCAUAACAACAUUCAGCCCAAAUUAUUUAUUGUACCCUCCAUUCUUAAUAUGUUAGCUUUUAUAGUUUUUUAUAUGUAUAGGUAAUAGGUACAAUAGUCGAAAUAAUUGUCAAAAAUGUAAUUGUUCAAUAGACAAUAGUUACCACCCAAUGAUUAUUUUUUAACUGUUAAAUUAUUUACAAUGUGUUAAUGUACCUGUUUGUGUUAAAAAAAAACGUUUCCUUACCCAUGUUAUUUUGUUGUUUAAUUUCAACACUACAAUACUAAUGUUUUUGAAAUAUUGAAAUAAACCGUGCCCUUACAUUACAGUGUUUGCCUUUUUUCUCUCCCUACCGUUAUGAAAUUACAGACUCCGUUUUGGCUGUUCAACUGGAUGGGCGCGUUUCCCGUCGCGUACGACCCGAAGAGAGGAACGUUCGUGACGUCCAGACUCGGCCUGUCGAUCGCCUUCGUGCACGUCGCGCUCGUGGGGUUCCAUGUUCACAGGUACCUGGUUAUGCUGUUUUUCGGCGUCAUCAAGAAAACGUCGGCAGUCUCAGCCAUCGUGCUGAGCAUGAACGGGUUCGGACAACUGGUCGUGCUGGUGAGGCGAAUCGCAUUGGCCAGCGACACGGCCCAGUGCUACAACAGCUUGUCCGAAUGGCCGAUCGACGUCUCGGUACGGACGUCUUAUGCCGUGGUCGUCUACGCCAGCACCGGGGCGGUGUUCCUUGAGUUCGUCGGCGACAACGUGGAAAGAUGGAUGACAAACAAGGAAAUGAACUUGGAUCUCCUUUCGAUCUAUGCAUUCGUUGGAUUCGAAUUGCAAUUGAUACAUACGUUCCAUAUUAUCGGUCAGUUGUACAGUGAUUUGAAUGCCUACGUUAAGUCUGGUCUGAUCGACGAUUUGGAACGAAUCCAUCAAGCUCGACAACGAAAUCUCGCGUUGUACGUGUUUUGCAAAAAAUUUAACUCGCACUACAAUAUAGAUUUAAUCAUCCAUUUGUCGUGCUAUCAGUUGUACGUGUUGUUGGUGUUGUUUAAAUUUGUGAGAAAUUUGUUGUCGAGUAUGGAAAGCGACGAUUUUUUUCACAGUUUAUUGGACUUAAAAAUUAUUGUUCGAAUCAUACGUAUGACAAGGUUAUUUUUAGUUUUUGUUUAUCUUAUCGAGUCAAGUUCUUACUUGCACAAUAAGAGCGUUUUUACAUUUUAUUACAUUUUACGAAAUAGAAUGAAUUUCUUAAAACUUCAAACAAAAGAACAGCUUUAUUUAUUUUUAAACGAACUGAAUGCUACUGAAAUAACUAUAACAGCGAAUCAUUGUUAUAAUGUGGAUAAGAAGUUUUUAUACUCCGUAUGUGGUUCGAUUGUGGCGUAUCUUGUACUAGUAGUAUCUUUUUUGCACAAUCGAUUUUAAAAAAAAAUUGUUUAUUAUUUUAUCAGUA